AGCAAUCGAAAUCGUUCAAAUUAAGAAAGCUGUAAUCACAGAGAAUAUUAACAUGAAUUAUUUUUUGCGGGAUUUUAUUUGAAGUGUUAUUACAAUUAAUUUAAUAAGCUUUUUAAAGGUUUUUCGUAAAAUCUGUGUAAUACUUAUAUGUUACAAUGGAGGAACAAAUGAUUGAACCCAGGGUGCGAGUAAACGGGGUAGCUUUGGCUCGUUUUAUGGGAAAACCAGUUAGCAUAAUGGGAACUGUUUUAAACACUCAUGCUAGUGGAAUUUCAGUAGAGAUCAAAACAGUUGACAACUUGGUUGUGACAGUAAAAAUGCAAGAACCUCUGCAAGAACCGUUGUCAGGAUUAGUGGAGUUUCAUGGAACAGUACAAGGAAAGAAUACUGUUUCAAGUGAUUUCUAUAUCUCAUUACCCCCCGAAAUUACAGAAAAUUUUGAUUUUGAACAGUACAAUGAAGCACUUACAUUAAUGAACACCAUCUCCAAUCAAUGGGUAUCUUGAAGAACUGGAAAUCACAUUCUGGAUGAAAAUGCUUAUAAUGACUAAAUUUAAUUUUGAAUUCAUUUACAUAUAUUAAUAAAAAUAAUAAUUCUAUGUAGA